CAAAUAUGGCGGACGCAAAGAAGGAUUACGUGUCCAUUUGGUCAACCUGCAUGAUCGCUUUCCUAUUGAGAAUUUGUCUGAUUGUUUAUGGAGAAUGGCAAGAUACGAACAUGGUUGUAAAGUACACAGAUAUAGAUUACCACGUUUUCACCGACGCUGCUCGCCAUGUCGUCGAAGGCAACUCACCUUACUUGAGACUCACAUAUCGCUAUACUCCUCUGUUAGCCAUCUUCUUAACUCCAAACAUCACUCUUCACAUGUGCUUUGGGAAGGUUCUCUUUACACUUUUUGAUGUUCUUGUUGGAUAUCUUUUGUACAAGAUCUUUCAUUUACGCGGUUGUUGCGAGAAAAGAGCUGUCUUCGCCUCGUGGCUGUGGCUUUUUAAUCCACUAUCCUUCACAGUUUCGACCCGCGGAAAUGCAGAAUCGAUCAUGGCGUUCUUAGUCCUUGCAAGCAUUUAUUUCGUCCUCGUUAAAAACAUUUCGAUGGCGGCCGUUUUCUUUGCCCUUUCUGUACACUUUAAAAUCUACCCUAUUAUAUAUGGUUUGCCAUUUGUUCUAAUUAUGGGAGGUGAUACUUGUAACAGCAAGAAACCAAGUAAACGAACAAGUGACAAUGUGAGAAAGUCGUCAGGUUUCUUUACCCAAGCUAUGGCAUUUGUGUUUCACCCUCAAAGGGUUAAGUUUGCCCUGAUUGCUGCAGCAAUCUUUUUAGGAUUAACUGGAUUGUUAUAUCAAAGAUAUGGUUUUGAAUUCCUUGAACACACUUACCUUUACCAUGUAACAAGACGAGAUGUGAAGCACAACUUUUCAGUGUAUUUUUACAUGAUGUACCUAGUGGAAGGCUCCCAAUGGCAAUCAGUUCUUGGUCUGGCCUCAUUCAUUCCUCAGUUUGUUCUUAUAGUUGCAUUUGGUGCUACAUACUACUGUGACAUUCCAUUUUGUUGCUUUGUGCAGACGUUUGCAUUUGUUACCUUUAAUAAAGUGUGUACGUCACAGUAUUUUCUGUGGUAUUUAUGUCUUCUGCCCCUAAUCCUGGAUUCGGUAAACAUCUCACCUCAGAGAACAGUUUGUCUAACUCUGGCUUGGUUUGCGGGACAGGUAAUGUGGCUCGUUCCUGCCUACUACUUGGAAUAUCAAGGAAUGAAUACAUUUGUUUACGUAUGGGCUGGUAGCGUUGUGUUCUUCGUUGUUAACAUUUUGAUUUUAAAUCAGCUUGUUCGACAUUACAAGAAAAAGCUGUUGUCAAAGAAAGAUGAAUAAAGCCGAAAUGAGAAAGAACAAUAAACAGAAGUUUUGACCCACA